AUGGCCUUUGCUCUGGUGUUAGAUCUAGAGCAAGAUCUUAGGCAUCCAUCAUGGAAGCCAGGUCCCAAGCCUAACCCGAUAAUUAUGAGUCCUAACAAGAAUACGAUAGCUGGUUUGAAUGUGGAAAGGCAGGAAGGGGAUAAUCAGAUUGGGCUAGAGGGUCUAAACAAUAUUAACAAACAUUCUAAAGAUAUCAAAAACACAGGCGAAACCAUCCCAAUUGGGGAGGAACCUUCGUCAUCUAAAGAGGUUCUAGAAGUGAUUAGGGCGAAAGUGGUGGUCAACAAAGGAAAGGGAAAGUGGAAUCGCAAAUCCAUAGGCUCUAUUCUAGUAGCUAAUUGUGGCAUUUUUGAGGUGGAGGUGGGAGACAAGAGGCGAGGGAAGACAAUCGAGUAUCAAACAGAUUUAGAGGAUAAGAGUGCUCAUCGUAAGAAGGUAUAUGCUUUAGGAUCCUCAUUGCUCAAUUCAUCGAUAUUGAUGGGUUAA